GCAGUAGGAGGGGGGACGCAGCGGCCGAUAACUACCAAGCAGUGGGCGAGAUAUGAUUGGGGUGGGGACGUGGAGAGCUGUUUUUGAGGCGUUAUUAGUUUAUUGUUUACGUUAUCCAUAACUUUUAACAUGCGUUUAUUCUGUGGUCUAUUGCGACAUCCUAAAUUAGGCUGCCCGCCAAGAAAGCCUGGUAUAGUAAAGGGUACUGUUCAUGCAGUAUUCGGAAGGUAUUUGCUUGUGACAAACACUAUUACAGGGGGAGUAUUAUUAGCUGCGGGAGAUAUGAUUCAACAAGAAAUUGAGCGUUACAGGCACAAAGAAGUAUCGAAACGAAUGAACCGAUACGACUGGCCACGAGUGGGGCGCAUGUUUUUUGCUGGACUUAUACAAGGACCACCACAACAUUACUUCUACAAAAAGUUAGAUGCUGUGCUCCCAAAUAGAGACUGGAAGAGUGUGUGUGCGAAAAUAUUUUUGGACCAGACUGUGGCAUCACCUAUCUGUAUUGUCCUCUUUUUCUGUGGUGUGGGUAUUUUUGAGAAGGAUGCCUACAGUGAAAUAUGGUCAGAAAUAAAAAGUAAAUUCUGGACAGUUUAUGCUGCGGAUUGGUUGGUGUGGCCUCCAAGUCAGUUCAUUAAUUUCUACUUCGUGCCUCCAACUUACAGAUUAAUGUAUGUCAACAUUGUCACAACGCUGUACAAUGUUUUCCUGUCAUAUAUCAAGCAUGAAAUGUGAUACAAAUUAGCAAUUUUGAACUGGAAUGUAAGUGCUCUCAGUUACCGGUGAAAUCUUCAGUACCAGGCUGCAAGAAAAAUGCAGAAAGCAAAACCUUGACAUACCUUGUGAAGGCUUUUGCUCAAUAAGCUGAGAUGAACUCAAGAGGAAACUAGGAUUAAUUGACAACCCACAAAAAUACAUUAAGGUUAUUUGAUUGCUGCACAACAGUGCGAAAGGCUGUGUUCUUUCCAGUAAUGGACACUGAAAAUCAUUUGAAUUUGUGAUAAGUGAUAAAACAGAGAUAUUUGGUCACCCCACCAUUUGUAAUAUUUAUUGGUGCAAUCAUUCAUCUUGUCAAAGCAACUACCACAGAGUAUAGAAAUAUAGUGCAGGACUAACUGAGGGUUACUCAACCUAAAAGGACUUAAGCUCCAGAAAAAGGUAUAUUCUACUAAUGGUAUUGAAUGCAUAACACCAUUAAUAAUGUUUUUUUGGUUAGCUCAGAUGAUGAUCUACGGGCCAUUCUGAAUGUCUUAAACAAACCUUAUAAAAGCAUUGACAUACAUUAAAAGGCACAUACACUGUAUCAACCUACUUCUACUGUCCAAGCAAUGCUUCCCACCUUCACAACAAACAGUGAAUUCCUGCAGAGUUUAGAACAUUUUCCCGACCUUGUUGGCAACCAUCUUUUAGAGGAAUAAGUUAUUUGUUAUAUAAAAUUAGUCUGCAAAGGGCAAUUAUCUUUGUGCAGCUAGUACAUAAUUAUUUUUUAAACCAGAAGCAUGACACUAACAAUAGUUCUUAGUGUGUGGACUGCAGUAGCUGCAAAAGAAGAUAAAUGACUUUCAGUCUAAAGACACUGUGCACAUAGAUCUGAAGGCCCAUUGCAAAUUACAGAUUGUGAGGAUGAGUUAUUCUUUCCACAUAUUAGAGAUGUUAAGAACAGCCACAUUAUAGUGGGAUAUUA